AGUAUGGACCUGGGUUUACAUCCCUUUGCCAUACAGUCAUAUUACAUUUUAUAUAAAAGCUUGUACUCUCAUUUUUCUGUUGGCCUGAAAUAAAGCCAGAAGUUUCCAGCCUUGCUUGCUAAAAGGCUUACAGCAGGAUGUUGGGAUUUUCUGUCAAACACACAAAGUCUAUUGUUUAAUUAAAGUUGGGAGCCCUGCAUCACACAGACGAGAUUUUGCUAUCUGCUGAAAGGAGAUUUUUCUAGUCGUUCUGGUAAUAUCCUCUAUCUUGGAAUUACUUAACUUAGUCAUUGCUACUGAUAGGGUUAAUCAAGGCUGCAAGGAAAUGGGUUUUUGUUUUAGCUUUGGAACUGUGAGUUAGAAAUGGUUUAGUCAACAAUGAAGAGAGUAGAGAGCUAGAAAAAAGAAGAAUAAAGAGGUCAGGCAGAAAAGAAAAAGAGCAAAGCAAACAGUCUGAAAAGGAACCUUUCUUCAUAGAGGUUUAAAAUUUAGCUAGUGAAGGACAUUCAACACUCUCAAGUUGAUUGGUACUUUGAGGGUUUUUGUGUAAUAUUUUCUGCAUUGUUUAUAGUUGUUUAAUGUUUACUGAGUUAAUUCAUGUUUUAAAGGAAUGGGGUUUAGGAAUUACUCAGCCCAGAGAUGGAUUAACCAGUCUGCAUCCUCAUAUCUAUAUUGAAGAGAUCAUCCUGAUAUACUUGUUGGUUGACCAUUGCUUUAUUAGAUGAAUUGCUGGUUAAUAGUGCAGGAAUGGAGUGGUAUGGAAUGGUUUUCUGAUAGCUGGAAAUCUCUGUCUGCUUUUGAAUCAGAAUUUGAAUAAAGUAAGAGAAUGUGUGUAUACAAAAGCACAUACACACAUGCAUGUGUGUUAAAAAGCAAUGGGUCAUUUAGGCAGAGUGAGAAAGAGAAUAGUGAGUUGACUGAAAAUUAAGCAUGUUGGGAUACAGGAUCCCUGGUGACCUGCAGUCUAGUGGAUACGCUGCCCUGCAGAAGUGCUUCUGUGCCUUCACGUGUAUUAGUAAAUGCAGCAAAUAUCACAGGUAGCAUAAAUCUCUUGUGCAUAGGAUAUUGGACCAAAAAUGCAGCCUCCGGAGUAAUCUAAUUGCUUAGGGAAGUAGAGACUUUGCAACAAUAUGCUUUACACAUUUGAGCCUCAAAACUGUGUAUUAACUGCAAAAGUCCCUGUGAACCCAAAAAGCUCUGCUAGAGGCAGGAAACAGGUUUUCUUUUCCAGUGGGUAUAAAUAGUACUUUCCCCACAAUGCCCUAUUUUGAUUUCCUCAUCACAUUUAUUUCCUUCCCCCACCCGCUUUUCACACAAUAAACUUGGGGAAUCCUUUAAAUAAUUCUUUAAAAAAUCAUUUCCCAGUUAUAGUCUGGGAAUGUUGCAAUAGUAAUAGCUCUGGGAGAAAAGAGGGGCGAGGUCUGGCAAGGAAAAGUGUCAGUUCCUCUACUGCAGAUGAGGAAAUGCGAAGAUAGAUGGAAUGACAUGCUCCACCCUUCAAUUCCCAAGAAACCCUGGGCUCCCUCCUCUAAUCCUGACUGGGCAGGGUAGAGAGCUGGAUCCCAGAUUUUGUUUGCAUUUCCAAAAGUGGUGGCUUGAGAUACAGAAAGCUUGGAUUUCUUUCCACAGACUACAACACUGCACAGCACCUUCAGCACUCCUGGAUUUUGCAAACAAGCGAUCACCUUCUGGGAAUGUUACUCCUGCAAAUAAUCUUCGCUUGGGCUCUCUGCCACUGGGUGUAUGGCGUAGAGAGAGCUCAUCAUUCAACAGCAGCCUUUGUAGCAGAAUCUCAUGCCUUCGUUAUGACUCACCUGGCCUACUUCCCAAAUGACAGUUCAGUGGAAAUGGUAGGUAAUGCCACUCUGGAUGGAAAACUUACCCACAGCGUGGAGUAUCAAAAUGAGCAAAUGAAUGCAAGCCAGUUGCUCCAGCUGGAAUCUUUAGAUCUCUGGGAGCAGAGGAAGAGUGCACUGCAAAAUUACCUCGAGCUUUUCAAGAAAGUGGUCAACCUGUUUGCUCGCGAAAGGAAAAUACCAUACCCCCUACACAUACAUUGUACUUUGGGGUGCCAGAUCUUUGGGAAUGGCACCAACAGAACCUUCUAUGAAGUUUUAGUCAAUGGGACUGAUUUCCUGAGAUUCAAUGCAGCCAAUCAGAGCUGGGUACCUUUACAGGAAACUCCUGUGGCCAGCUAUACCCGUAUGCAGCUGAACAAAUACAAUGAAACCAGUGCGGACCCAGCUUUCUUCCUGAAGGAAACUUGCAUCAAGAUUGUAACAGAGCAUACUGAAGUGAAAGGAGCCUUUACAGGGAAACAUGAAGGACGUUCACACACUCCACUGGUAAUAGGCAUCAGCCUUGGUGCCCUUGCUGUAAUGGCACUAGCUCUUUGCAUCUUCCUAUGCACAGGCGGGAAAAGAUAGCAUCUCAAGUAUUAUAUGGACCAGCAGCUCUGCAGAUGAGUUAACCAAACACAACAGAAGAACAAUGAAGUUGGGAUGGGUGAAUCUGCCCAAUUCCGUUUCUCAUCUUUCCAAUUUUAAGUCCACUUCUCCACAUUUCCACAUCAAUCAGAAUUUUAUUUUAAGAGUCCUUAUGUAAACUCAUUAUUUUAAUGUGAAUUUCUAUGUCAUUUCACCAAUAUAUGCAUUUUUGUACACGUUAUGUGGCUGGAGAGCUGCAUUGCAAAAUUCGGAGGAGAGUGAAUUUCAAAGGAUGGCUAUAUUUUGCUUUGUGUAUUUUUGUGUAUUUUAAAAAGAAGGUGUGGAUCAGGUAGGUUAGCAUUUAAAUGUAAACUGAUUCAAAUUCCUCCCAUCCCUCUUUUUUAAAAAUGUUCUUAUGAAGAAAUAAGCCAAUGUCUA